AUGCUUCCAACGCCAGACACAUCGCACAUUCCCACCUCCCUCGUCUAUGACCCCGUCGAGGACUCCUACCUCCUCCUUGAUACCUUCUCCUUGGAUACAGAGCGCGCGUUUUUACAAUCUCACUUCUUUCCCUCACCCUCACCCUCAUCAGCCCAGACCCCGGUCCCGGCUCCGGCCGCCCUCGUCCUCGAGCUCGGUUCCGGCUCCGGCGUCGUCUCCGCUUUCCUCGCCGCCAACGCGCAGCACAUAUUCGGCGGACCGGUGCUGUGUGCUUGCACAGACCUGAACCCGCACGCGUGCCGUGCCACUAGCCAAACCGUGACCAAGGAGCUCGCGCGGAAGCGGGGCGAGGAUCCCAGCGCGGCCACGGGUCUGUUUCUCGGCGUGUCCAACGCGGAUCUCGAGGGCCCCUGGCAUAGGGGCAUAGUCGACGUCCUCGUCUUCAACCCACCCUACGUGCCCACGCCGGAUCUUCCCUCGAAGCCGGACAAGCUCAGCGGUACGGGCCAUGGGUCCACCGCCGCGCCUCCAUCGUUUGAGGAGGAGGAGUACUUCCUAGGGCUGGCUUAUGCGGGGGCUACGAGGGGAUGGAGGUGA